AUGCCUCCCACCCUCCACCACCCCAGCAAGUCCCGGCCCGCCACGCGGGCAAUUGCCCAAGUGCAGAGCGCCUUCUGGGAGAGGAUAUGGGACGCGCGGGAGGUUCCGCCGGGCCCCGCCCUCGGGGUGGGGCUGGGGGCGGUCACGAUCCGAGGUGUCUGCUCGCUGCUCCGCCCGUUCCCGGCCAGCUGUGCAGGCGGCUGGACCCGCAGCAGAAGCAGCAGCAGCAGCAGCAGCAGCGAGGACUCAAGCGCGGGCGGCAGCGGCGACACCAUGGAUCUGUCCUUUAUGGCCGCGCAGCUGCCCAUGAUGGGAGGCGCCUUCAUGGACUCGCCCAACGAAGACUUCAGCACGGAGUACUCCCUCUUUAACUCCUCCACCAACGUCCACGCGGCCUCCAGUGGCCAGGGCCAGCCGGAGGAGUCUCCGCGGUCCUCCAACGACGCGGUCCUGCUCUGGAUUGCCAUCAUAGCGACCCUGGGGAACAUUGUGGUGGUUGGGGUGGUGUACGCCUUCACCUUCUGAGGUUCGGGGCGCCCACCAGCUCCGAGCCGGCUCAGCCCGUGCUGGGCUCACAGCAGGGCCAGGCUUUGCUGGGGACACUGGUGCUGUUGGCCUUUGGCUGGUCCCACCUUCUGGAACCAGGAGUUCUGACCACGCGCAUGGCCUCUCCGGGGGCAGCGACCGUGCAUCAGAAGUUCCCCCCAGCAGCUCCGAUUUCCAGUGUUCCGGCCUGUGAUCAAGCUGAUCCAGAAAACAUGGGCGUGUGGCCUCUGGCCCCUGGAGAUGCGAUGGGGCAAAGCCUUAGCAAGGAGCCAAGUGGGGACUUUUUGAACCUAUAUUCCAAGAACGUAAGACCAGAGGAAAUAGCCGGUUAGGUGUGAAAUACAGACAUGGUGGGACGAUCGCUUGCUGGCAGUAAAUACUCACGUAUGUGUCUGGUUUUUAUGCCAAGUUGCUGCACCUGGUGUGUGGGGUGCCCAGCAGGAGCGGCCGCCGGAACUGGAGUGUUUCCAGCCCAGCCGUGGUCUCCCACUCCGCCCUUUGGAACACGGGUGAUGUGACCUGGGCCAUAGAAUGUUCUUUGUUUGACUUGGACAGGGCACCUUUGUCACCAGACACUUGGCCCCUUUUGAGACCCAGAUGGAUCAGGAAAUCCAAGGACAGGGGGAUGACUGGUGAUGGUAGGAUUUCCAGGGGUGGGGGCUCUCGGCCGAACAGACCUGCUCUUCUUUUUCAGAAGAGAAGGACCUUCAGACUAUAGUUGGGCAGAGCGGCCGAGUUCAGACCAGCCGCCCGCAGAUGCUCUUUCCUCUCUGAGAACUUAGGGAUUUUAGAGAUGGUGGCCUCACGCCCACCUGAUCUUCUGACAGCGGGAGGGAGAGGCACGAUUUGCCCGAUUUGCCCGUGAUCACAGGGCACGUGACUGGCACUGUCAGAGCAGGGAGACGGGCCCCCGGGAAGUACUCUCGUAAGCAAAUCCCUGCUUCUCAGCUGCCCUCGGGGAGAAUGCCCAGAGAGUCUGGAAGCUGUCUGGGAUCAGGAGGGCGCACAGGGUGCUCAGACACCUGCAUUUUACACUGGGUCUGGCUCCCACGUUCUCUUGCAGACCUGGAUAUGCUCUGUCCGAGUCAGCCUCCUUAACCUUCCUCCAAGUCAGUGGCUUGGUGGAGGUGGGGGUGGGAUGUUGGGGGAUUGGGGGUGGUCUCUGGCCAGCAAGGGAGACUCCCGUGCAGACCAGCCCAGGAUGGCUUGCCCUGGGGGAGGGGGCAGCAUGGGAAAGGACUCGCUCUACUUCUGUCCUUAGGAAAGGCUUCCGCCCGGUAGCCCCCUUCCCCAGAUAGCUGCCGAGCAGAGUGGGGGAAGCUUACACACAGCCUCCCUCGCCGGCGGGCCAGGAGCAAUGCUGUCCUUGCUUUCUCCCCGUGCUGUGCAAAAGAGAAUAAAUGGUCCAAACUUCCCCUCUGUGGUGGGGAAACUUAAAAGACUGGGUGGGAAGCCCUGGUGCUGUCUCGGUACAAUUGCAAAAAGGUGUCCUGUGUCCCUGUGGUCUCGGGAGACGUGGCUGUUCCUGAUGACAGGCAAAGGGACAUCUUAAUUGUCCCGAGGCAGCCACUCCUCUGUGGGCUUGGUGCUGAGCUGCUGCGAAACAGGAUUAGCAGCCCAAUCCCCAGACCGCGCCCACAGACACCCGCCACCUCCUAGUAGCCAUGUCUGUCCCUGCAGCCGUGCACGCAUCCACCCACGAAGGCUUCAGCUCCAGUGGAGGCCGUGAGUGCAGAGCUGGCGUGACCUUUGCGGAGAGGGAGAAGGGAUGGGGGACCUUCGGCCUGGGCUCCUUCCGGAAUCACUGACGGGCUGUGCUCUCCGCAGGACAAGGUCAGGGUGGCAGGGACAGGGGCUGGCUGGGCUGGGUGGUCAGCCAUUGCGUGCCGGUCAUCCCAGAUGCUUCUCGAGCAAACCCUUCCCUGUCUCAAGCUCCCCACGUGUGCCCCAUGAGCGAGGGCUUUCUGAGACAAGUGUCCUCAUGAGAAUGCAAGGAGAAGGUCCAGAGCUGGGUUGGGAAGGGACCAAGGUGAUGCUUGGCAUCUUUGUGGGGGGGUCAGUGCAGCCCAGAUGUUCUGAGUCCUUACCUUCUGACCCUACAUCCCCAAAGGAGCCCUGUAGAGAGGGGGGUGACUGCUCUCUGCUCUGCAAAUGAUGGCCUGUGGUGAUGGCCAUCAGGGCUCUGGGGCUUCCGUGCGCUGUGACCGGGGAGGGGUGGAGCCUGUGGUCCCAGCUCAGAGCAGCCAGGACAGCCCUAGCGGGCCAGGGGUUCUCUGGAAAAUUCUGGGCGCAGGGGGUCUCCCCCAUGAAGGCUUUCUUUUCCCCUGGCAUAAAGGCCAGUUAAAUUCAACUCUCAAGGAUUCUCCCUCUUGGGUCAGGGCCGCAGACACACAGCCUGGAGCUUAGGGCCCAGCUUGUCCAAACUCGGCAUUGGACAAAUCUAGUGACCCGCUCAGGGUCACUCCCUCCCAGUCUCCUACAGUGUUUUGAUCUGUUUUUUUCCCCCCAUCUCCUGGAUGACAGGGAGGGUAGACAUCCCCUGAAGGGUAAAGGACGGGCUUCCAGCCAGAGGGGGCGCUGUGCUGUCCCUCCGGCCUUCCUCAGCUGAGCUCUGUGAUGGACGUUAGGUGACCGGCAGGAGGCGCUGUCUGAGCCUUGCGUCCAGGCACCGUGCUAGACCCCCACAUGCACGUUUAAUCCGUACGAUUACCUUACAGCAUCGUUGCUCCAAUACAUGGAGAACCAGAAGCUCAGAGGAGCAGAGUAACUUGCCCAGGGCCACACAGUGUGAAUGUGACAAGCUGGGACUUGAGUCUGGACCCUCCGCCUCUAGAGGCAGCCUCUUUCUGCCACACCGUGCCACCUUCAGUGGCUGGGGUGGCACCUCCAGGCCUCAUUUAAGCCAGGCUCUGGUUCUACAGAGGCCGUUCCCCAAGGUCCCAUGUCAUGGUGUGACCCGGGGCUUCACACCAUGAGGUGUGAAGAACAUUCCGGAAGCCUCUGGCUUCCUCCACAGGCAGAAUCUAACCGUCCUCAGAAUGCGGCACGCUCGUCCCCCUGCCGGUUGCCCCGUCUCUGUCCAAGCUUCAAGGAUGGGGGUCCCUGUCACCUGCCCCUCUCUUUAAAGCUGAGCACAAGUGGUUUUUUUGUGGCCAAAGACGUAACCAGAAAGCAGAUUUCUUGGGACAUGUGCAGAAGACCCUCGGCUCCGACCUGGAGCCCAACAGAGGGGCCCACACGAGGAGUGAGGCUCGCGCAGCCGGAUUGCCGAGGACAGUCGGGACGGUCCGUGCGGUGGGGGAGGCUCCAGCCCGGGCUCAGGUGUCCUGUUGAGCCCGGACUCUCCCAAGCAGGCAGGACCGUGUUCCUCUCGCAGACCCCAGCCUGAGGCUCCCAUCCGGCUUCUCCUGGGUGAGGUUGGCCCAGAGCCCGCCCGGACGUAAUGGGCCAGUGCUGAGGAAGAAGCUGCUUCCAUAGCUGCUCUUCAGAGAAGGGUCCUGCGUUUGCUGCAAAGUUCUCCAUGCCUGGCCCUCCACAUGCCUCCCCGUCUUCCCUCCUCAAGCCGUAGGCGUCCCAUACCGUUCGUCUGCAUGUGGGACACUCCACCGAACAGAACGACACCUGAUUUAGGAGGCUGGACCCAUGUCCCCCGAGCUCUGGAGGAGAGGCUGGAGGACACGGUAGCCUGCUGUGCUCCGAGCGGAUUCCAGCUCUUGCGUGGGCCUGGGCGACAUCAUUGCUCUGCUGUCCCUCCCUCCUCCUGAGAUCUGGGUCAAGGGGGCAGAUGAAAUUCCCCUAACCCCCCCCCCAUACCCUUCAGAGAGAGACGGUUUAUCUCCUUUCGGGAGAUCCCUGGGAUCCGAGGGAGAAAGGGAGAGCAGGCCAGUACCCCUGUCUGGAGAGGCGAUAGGCCGUUGUCCAGCUUGUUCUAAAUGGAAGGCCUGGAUGCCAGCCAGACCACUAAGAUAUGUCAGAAUCCCUCCCUGGAGACUGCGGACACUCGGCUGCCGUCUGCUCUGCCGCCCGAUUCCUUCCAGACAGAUGCUCCUGUCCUCCUUCAAAGAGCAUGACCUCUGUUCAUCAUUAGCAGUGAAAUCAUCGAUAAUGAUUAUCCUAUUUGUCGUGCAUCUUCCUUGUGUUGUGCUCUGUUCCUGUUCCGUUCACUUGUCAACUCACCCCUCGGAGGCAGGAGAGGGGUACGGAGAAGUACGUGUAAUUAUGAUCCCAUUUUUCUGAUGAGAAAACUGAGAACUCACAUCUACAGAGCUGGGAUUCCGAUCCACCUGCUCUCCAGGCUCUCCAGGCUCUCCAGGCUGGACGGCUGCCCUGUGUCUCCCUGCUCUGCACCGUGAGCCCUCUGGAAUGGGCCCUCCCGGGAACGGGGACUCCGAGGCUGGGGUUUUUUGGGUCUCAGAUCACGGUAGGUCCUGGAAGGGGAGCAGGAGUGGUGCCCACGUGUUUAGCAGUCUGAGAGCCUCACAGCAGUAGGAGGUGUUAGGAGCUUCCAAUCAGGACCUGUAAUAUUAGGGAGGGCAAAUGGGGCCACACGGGAAAGGAGGGGAGACCUGGCGAGUCUCCGGCUGCCUGGUCCAGGACAUCAUCUCCAGCCUGCUGCGCAUUCACCGGGGGGCAGGGAGGGCCCUGGAUUACCAGCGCCAGCCCCGGGAGAGGCACCGUGCUCUCCGCCAGCUGUCACCCGGCCCCCUCUGCCAUGCCCUGGUACCUGCCCUUUGAGCAUCCCUAGAGCGGGCCCCAGGUGGGCUGCGAUGUCCUAAUGGGACGACCAAGGGGCUGUGCUCAGAGGGCCAAAGGGAGCAGUCAGAGCCGGAAUGUUCUGUAGUGGCCUGGCCUACCUCUCCCACCCCGUCCAUCGUUCAGUGACAGGGACAAGGGACAGGCCAGCUGAGCUGAGUGCUGAGAGCCCAGAGGAUCGGAGCUCAUAGUCCCCAAGUGGAAAAAGGAGGCUCUCCGGGGAACCCCGGCCAUCAGCGUCGAGCGGCAGUCAGAUGUCUCCAGAAAGGCACGUCUAAGAUUAGACAUUGGACAUUUUCUUUCCCCUUUCGGGGGUGGGGGGGGGUUUGCUGGGGACAAAACAGAGCAAACCACAGGGACCGAAGAGGGGAAGAAGUUCCCCUAGAGUGAAAAGAGGGCAGCUGCCAGGAGCGUAAUCGAAAGUUUGGGAAAUUGGCUGCAGCAAUUUUGGAACGUAAGUCUGUGCUGUUCUUCCGAGUCACUGGGAAAGUCAUAUAUAUAUAUUUUUUUUAAUCAAAAGAGAAUAAAAUCAGAGGAAGCCUUUGGAGAGGGGGACACGGUGCACAGUACCCGGGACGUACGCCGCGCCCAUCCUUUGGCCACGGUCCAGGCUUGCACCUGCCGGCGUCUGUCCAGAUGCAUUAAUGAGGCUCCGGCCUUCACCUCUGGGUCCUUUCACCAGGUGACCUCCUGCCUUCCCAGAAGGAGGGUUGAGGCCCUUCCUGCCUUGGGAACAAAUCCUGACAGAUACACGAGGUAUAUUUGCAGGGGACUUGUGCGCACAACAGUUGGGGAAAUCCAGAGCCUUAUUCUUCAUGGAGCACCUCCAUGUGGGUAAGCAGCCACCCGUGACCCCAGUGUGUGUCCCACAGGGGGCUUCAGGAACGAGAGAAUCAAGCAACCCAGGCGAUUCCGCCCACGGCCCUGUAAACUGGUAGGAAGGGAGUUCCCAGACUUUCAUGCUUGAGGGGACAGAGUGUCUGAGGGGUUUGGGGGAGUUUGCCAGCUCAGGCUGGUCAGCAGGAGAGCAGAGUCCUGAGCCCAGAGCAUCUGUGUAGCAACGUUUCUGAACAAUUAGGCCAGUGGUUCUCAACCUGGGAAAAUUCUGUCCGGGGGACCUUCAGCGAUGGGCGGAGACAAUUUUGAUUUUCACAACUUGUUGGGGGUUGAUAUUCUACUGGCGUCUGGUGGAUAGAAGCCACGAUGCUGCCAAGCUCCCCCAGCAACAAAGAAUUCAUGAUGCGGCCCCAGGCACCAACAGCACCGAGGUGAGGAAACCCGGCGCCAGGCAAUGCUGUCUCUGAAUCCAAAAAUAUAGGAGUUCUCCAGAGUUCUGCUUUUCCCCGUUUGCAAGUCCUGGAAUAAACCAGAGCUCUUCUGGGCAACAGCAGUGAUCAUGGCUGUGGCCCCGAGCCCCGGUAAUCCCAUCGGAGGGCAGUAGACCGCCUGCCGAGUCCUUUGGGCACCCAAGGACCCUCCAUCCCCACCAUCUUGGGCUUUCAAGGGGAGACACGGCCUGGGUGGAGGAAGCCCUACGAAGGGAAUGGGAAGGCGGGGCUGAACUUGACCUUGUCCAGAUAACUUGAUCUCUGGGACCUGGUGGGACCUGACCUCCACCAGACAUCUGAGCAGCACUGUUGGGAUGGGGGAGUGGGCUGGGGUGGGGGGCGGAGGGGAGCUUAGAGGGGAUGAGGAUGGGAGGGUCCGCCUCACUCUCUUUGGGCAAACCUGCAUCUGAACCUUGUUUGUGACUCUUUUCCACUAUCCUACCCUGUUCCCUGCCCCCCUUCCCUCCACCCGCUUGAAGGCAUAUUCACGCUUUCUACUAUUUAAAGUUUUACGGGAACCUUAUUCUGGUAACAAACUGCUUUCAAUAGACCAGUUCUUCGUGCAGAGAGAAUCAGAGAUGUUUCUGAGUCUGGCGAACGUUUUCGUAAUCAACUUGUAAGUAGUUUACUUAAUAAUAAUAAUAAAAAGUAUUUAUCUAUUCUUGUAAUUCUUUGCUACUCAAGCCCCCUGGUUUCACGAUGAGAUCACCAACUUUUACUACAGUGAAAAGGCGAUUUCUUAAUGUAGGCCUGCAGUGUGCUCUUCGAGAAGUAUCUGACCUUGAUGGACGUAAAAUUGUGGCUGUGCAAUCGUGUCCCUCUGUUAGCACUGUUUGAUUUUGUCCUUUUCUAUGAUGAUCAUUAAAUACAAAACUUUAACGCCUA